UGAAAAAACAAUGUUUUAUUUUUCUUAAAAAAGGCAUGUAGUAUAUACUAUUAAAAUUACAAAUUAUUAAUAUAAAUGAAUACAUAUGAAUACAUAUUUGUGAUCAAUAAGUACGCUGUCAUAAGAACUGAUUCCCCUCAGUUAUUUCAUCAAAAGAAAAAGUUAGCAGAAACUAAAAACCCUUUGAAGACAAAAGGGGGUUUCUUUUUUUUUUUUUUUUAAGGAAAAGUAAAGGCUAUAGUUAGGUAGAAAUAUACUUUCAUAUGUCUAUCGGGAAAAGAAUAUGCAAAAAGAAGAAAUGGUUUCACAGAGAGGUAGGCUGAGAUAACCCACUCAAUUAAGAGAGAGCCAGCAGCAUUGGAGAAAGGAGGAACGGUGAAAUGAGCCAGAUAGUCUAUCUAAUAUGAAUAGUAUCUGUAAAGUAAGGUGGAGCCAUCUUGCUAUGAAGUCAUUAAAUAAAUAUUUAUUUAGUUAUUUAAUAUUAUUAUAUUCCAGUACAGUAGAAUUCUGUAUAUUUUAUUUACACUUUUCAUACUUAUCCUAUACAGUAACUUACAAAAAUGUUAUAAUAUUUUCUCUGAUUUUUGUCUAUUUUACAUGCUACUUUUUUUUUUUCUUUUCUUUUAAUUCUCGAAACUAGAGGUUUUAAGACAUAGCAUAUUGAUAUUUUAUAAACUAGGCAAAAUAUCCAAAUUGCCUAUUCCACCCAUCUGCGAUGUAAGCUUGAGAACGUUAUUUUUCAACCGGGAUAAGAGUCCAAGAAAUUCUGAAAUGGAAACUUACUGCUUAUGAUAUACUCCCUUCCCCUAAAAAAAAA